AUGGAGGAAACCUACCUGCUGAAUGUGGAAGGGGUCAAAAAGAAGAUUCUGCAUGGAGGCCAAGGGGAGCUGCCAAAGUUGCAGGAUGGGAGCAAGAUCACCUUCCACUUCCAGACACUGAAGGAUGACUUUGAGCGGACGGUGAUCGACGACAGCCGGGAAGCUGGCAUCCCUAUGGAGAUCAUUGUGGGCAAGAUGUUCAAGCUGGAGAUCUGGGAGACGCUGCUCAGCUCCAUGAGAGCCGGGGAAGUGGCUGAGUUCUGGUGCGACGCCAUUCACACGGGCAUGUACGCCCUAGUCUCUAGGGGCAUGCGGAGGAUCGCGGAGGGCCGAGACCCCCUGGAAGGACAGAAGCACCGCUGUGGCAUGGGCAACAUGUUUGACUACCACAGCACGGGCUAUGACGACCUGGACGAGCUGCAGCGGACACCGCAGCCCCUCAUCUUUAUCAUGGAGUUGUUCCGGGUGGAGGAGCCCUCAGCAUACAAGCGUGACACCUGGGCCAUGAGCAAGGAGGAGAAGCUGGCGGCGGUGCCUGUGCUGCACAAAGAGGGCAACCGCCUCGUCCUCUGCAAGGAGUUUGGGCAGGCGGCGGCGAAGUACCAGGAGGCUGUCAUCUGCCUGAGGAACCUCCAGGCCAAGGAGAAACCAUGGGAGGAUGGCUGGCUGAAGCUGGAGAGCCUGGUCACGCCGCUGGUGCUCAACUACUGCCAGUGCCAACUGGAGCUGGGCGAGUACUACGAGGUGCUGGAGCACACCACAGAGCUCCUCCAGAAACACAACGACAAUGCCAAGGCCUAUUUCAAGCGGGCGAAGGCCCACGCUGCUGUCUGGAAUGAGCGGGAGGCACGGGAGGACUUCCUGCGGGUGGCUCACCUUGACCCCUCCAUGGCGGCCGCUGUGAAGAAGGAGCUGAAGCAGCUGGGGGAGAGGAUGAGGAAGAAGCACGUGGAGGAUCGGAAGCGCUACCAGGGGCUCUUCCAGUCACCCCAGGGGCCGCGGGCCAGCAAGGGGCAGGAGAGCAGGGAGGAGGGGAAGGAGGAGCGGGAGGAGGAAGAAAAAGAGGAGAGGGAGGAGGAGGAGAAGGUGGACGAGGAAGAAAAAGAGGAGAGGGAGGAGGAGAAGGUAGAGGAGAAAGGGGAGGAGGUGGAAAAGAAAGAGGAAGAAGAGGAGGAGAAGGUGGACGAGGAAGAAAAAGAGGAGAGGGAGGAGGAGAAGGUAGAGGAGAAAGGGGAGGAGGUGGAAAAGAAAGAGGAAGAAGAGGAGGAGAAGGUGGACGAGGAAGAA